AUGGGCCUCAGGUUCGCUUCUGCCAUAUGCGUCGCUGCCGCCUCAACUAAAAGGCCUCUCUAUCAUGCACUCUUCAACAUGCGACUCAGUGAUCAAACACAAACCCUAAUGAAAACGAACCUGCGAUGGAGGAAGAGAUCUCUGCUGCUCUUGGACGAACUUCUUCUCCGUGUACUCGCCACUGUUACUGACACCCUUCGCCUCCCCGCCUCCCUCAUUUUCAAAUCAUUUGAGGGUCACAAAAUCUUCAAUUUUUUGACUGAUUUCAAGUCAAUUCUUAGGGCUUCCAGUCGUGAGAUGUUGGUGUUCAAGCUUAGUAGAGUUUUGAAUCUACUCAUCCCUUUUUCAAUGAUUUCCAGCAUCAAUUUGGAUUUUUCUGCAUCAUUCUAUCAGAAGACUGAAGCAAGGCAAUCUCGCUCUCCUUCUUCCAUUGUCAUUGGUGGUGGAUUUGCAGGGAUUGCAGCUGCUCAUGCACUGAAAAAUGCAGCUUUUCAGGUUGUGCUUUUAGAAUCUCGGGAUAGAAUUGGUGGUCGAGUUCACACUAACUACUCAUUUGGUUUUCCUGUUGACAUGGGAGCAGCCUGGUUGCAUGGUGUCUGCAACGAGAAUCCAUUGGCAUCUUGGAUUGGAAGACUUGGUCUACCAAUUUAUCGAACUUCUGGUGACAAUUAUGUCUUGUAUGAUCAUGACUUGGAGAGCUACGCACUCUUUGAUGGUGAUGGACAUCAAGUGCCUCAAGAUCUAGUGGAAAAAGUUGGUAAGGUGUUUGAAACCAUUCUGGAAGAGGCUAACAAACUCAGGUAUGAAACAAAUGAAGACAUGUCUAUAGCACAGGCUAUUAAGCUAGUCAUGGAGAGGCAUUCAAUAUGAUGCAUUAUUAAUGAAUUAAGUCUACUUUAUGAGAUUUCAGAUUUUUUUAUUAUUCAUAGGCAUUUAGUUUAGAUCAAGUGACAUUUCUCUAUCUUCUUCUUACCGAUGGAGUUUGAAGGAUUAGGAGAAUUAAGAAGCAAGGAUGAAGAAGAUGAAGGAUUAGGAGAAUUAAGAAGCAAGGA